AUGGGUUCUUUGGUACUGCAAUUUGAAGAACUGAAUCAGUACCCUGAAUCUACUUCCUCUUCAUCUAAAAUCUUACCAAUACUUGAGCCAAACCUUGAACCCAUUGAUGAACAUUCUCCCCUAUCUACAACCCCUUUCGACCCCAAUUUAUGGUUUGACUUUAACCUCAUUUCUGAGCUCUUCCAAAAUGCUAUCGUGGAUCUUGAUUGUAGCGCCAUUGUUCCUGUCAAAAACACGGAAACUACUUUCAAAUAUCACUAUGCCGACUCAGGGAGCUCGCCAAUACAUUCGACGACGCUCCUCCGAUCUAGUUCGUGUCACUGA